AGCCGGUUUAUCUUUAUCAUUUUCCGGUGCUUCCACUUCAGUGCCGGCUGUUUUGCACAUGUCAGUAAUCAUAAUCUGAAAACUGACGUGGAUUUUAAGUUUUCAUGUUGAAUGUCUUAAGAUUUGGGAAGUGGAAGGAAAAAACAAAUAUAAAAGAAUAUAUAUUUUUUUAAUUUCUAAUACAUCGCCAUUCGCCAAUAUGGCUUCGAAUUCAUGGUUCACUCUUUUCUUGCUGGUUUUUGUAUUAUCAGUAUUUGCAGUAGAUAAAAAUAAUUUUAAAACUUGCGAGCAAAGUAGUUUUUGCAGACGGUUAAGGGGUAUUACAGAAGGUGAAAGCAAAUAUAUGUUGGACCUGGAAACUCUUCAAGUUGGCGAAGACACGAUUGAAGCCAAAUUAAUAAAUGUAGAAGCAGAUAUUCCUUUUAAAUUUUCACUUACAGCCAUAUCUGGCAAUAUAUUUCGGUUGCAAGUAGAUGAAGUUAGUCCAUUGUAUCCUAGAUAUCGCCCCCAAAAUGCUUUGAAGGGGGAACCUCAAGUUACUAAACUGGAAGUUUUAGACCGGAACAAAGAAAGUAUAACAGUACGUUCAGGUAAUAAUAAGGUAGCAGUUUAUUCAAAACCUUUUAAGUUGGAAUUCUUUGAAAAAGAGCAGUUGGUGAGUGUUGUGAAUGGUAGAGGACUAUUCAAAUUUGAACAUUAUAGAAGCAAACCGAAGGAAAAUGAUGAAGAAGGUGAAGCACAACAAACAGAUGAAGAUCCGGGCGCAUGGGAGGAGAAUUUCAAGUCGCAUCACGAUAGCAAACCACGAGGACCUUCGGCGGUAGGUGUUGAUGUUGCGUUUCCCGGUGCUAUUCGUAUAUAUGGACUCCCUGAACAUGCUGACAGCCUUGCUCUAAGAACUACAGGUUCGGGUGGUUUGGAACCUUACAGGUUAUAUAAUUUGGAUGUAUUUGAGUAUGAGAUGGACUCUACUAUGGCACUUUAUGGAGCUGUUCCUGUUGUAUAUGCACACUCGCCAAAAGGCACAGUCGGAGUUUUCUGGCACAAUUCCGCUGAAACGUGGGUCGAUAUCAAAAAUAGCAAGGAUGGCAAUGUAAUGUCAUCGAUAGUAAAUUUAGUGUCAGGCACUAAAACUGAUAACAGUGUCGAAGCUCAUUUUAUGAGCGAAAGCGGUGUCAUUGACAUGUUUGUUCUUAUGGGUCCUAAACCGAAAGACGCCAUUAGGCAGUAUGCUUCUCUUACUGGGGUUGCUCCUUUACCACAGUUCUACACAUUGGGUUAUCAUCAGUGUCGUUGGAAUUACAAUGACGAAGAUGACGUGACCAAUGUAGUGGAAAACUUCGAUGCUCACGAUUUGCCCGUCGAUGUAAUGUGGUUAGAUAUUGAGUACACGGAUGGUAAAAAAUAUUUCACUUGGGAUCCCAUAAAGUUUGCCCAUCCGGACGUAAUGAUUAAUAACUUAACUGCUACUGGGAGGAAACUUGUAAUAAUUAUCGAUCCUCAUAUUAAAAGGGAGGCUGGUUAUUUCUUACACGAAGACGCACUAGCCAAUGAUUAUUAUGUAAAAAAUAAAGAUGGAAGUGUUUAUGAGGGUUGGUGUUGGCCUGGAUCAAGCAGUUAUUUAGAUUUUUAUGACCCGAAAACGGUCGAUUACUACAAGGGCUUGUACGCUUUAGAUAAGUUCAAAGGUACCACGCACGACGUGUACAUAUGGAACGACAUGAACGAACCCUCGGUAUUUAACGGCCCAGAGGUUACGAUGCCCAAAGAUUGCGUACACUUUGGCGGGCUAGAACACAGGGAGGUUCACAACGAAUUUGCCCUAAAACAGGUCAUUCCAACGUACGAAGGUUUGAUUCAAAGGUCUAACCACAGGAGACCCUUCAUUCUUUCAAGAGGUCACUUUUCCGGUUCGCAGAGAUACGUCACGAUUUGGACGGGGGAUAACGCAGCUGAGUGGUCUCAUUUGGCGGCCAGUUUUCCCAUGUGUCUUUCGGAGGCUAUUGGCGGUAUAAGCUUUUGCGGUGCCGAUAUUGGGGGUUUCUUCAAUAAUCCGGACACUGAGUUGCUUCAAAGAUGGUAUCAGGCCGGUAUAUGGUUGCCGUUCUACAGAGCCCAUGCCCACAUUGACACCAGACGCAGGGAACCGUACUUAUUCAAUGAAGACGUGCGUAACAGAAUUAGAACAGCUCUACGAUUAAGAUACGCUCACCUUCCGCUGUGGUACACACUGUUCUGGGAGCACGAAAUUACCGGCGAUCCCGUCAUAAGGCCGCUUUUCUAUCAGUAUCCCGACGACGCGAAUGUGGUUGAUAUCGACAAGGAACUUCUCGUAGGAUCUUCCAUUUUGGCGUUAGUUAUAUCAGAACCGGGAAUUUCCACGACUAACGUGUACUUGCCAGGAGGAUUCUCCGAAUAUUGGUACGAUAUUGAAGACUUCAAGCUUUAUCCGGGAACUGGAGUCUAUAACCUGCCGGCGUCACUCGAUAAGAAUAUUGCAUUCUACCGUGGUGGUAGUAUUAUACCAAGAAAAGACAGACCUAGGAGGGCAGCGUCUUUAAUGCACAACGAUCCGUUUUCACUGUACGUGGCACUGGAUAGCAAGAAAUCUGCUUCGGGUACACUUUACUUGGACGAUUACCAGAGUUUCGAGUACAAGAAUAAUAAGAAAUAUUUGUACAUCCACUUUGAUUUCAAAGAGAACACUUUAACAAGCAAGUUGAUCGAUAAGACUGAUUAUCCUACUAAAGAGUGGAUCGAAAGAGUGGUGAUUUUGGGUCCACCAAGUGGCAUAAAGGGCGCUAAACUCACUAGUAAAAGUUUAGGUACUGUUGAGUUAGAAACAUCCUAUGAUGGCGAAGAGAGAACUCUUACCGUUCGCAAACCCGGCGUUUCCGUCAGAGAGCCAUUUAGUAUUAAACUUUAUUAACUUAUUGCAACUAGGAAUAAUAGUGCAGCAAUAGGACUAGAAACGUUUUACCUCAGCGGUUCUUGAAGACAUCUUGUGAUUUUUUCCUGCUUUUUAGUUUUUUUUUAUGAUACUUGUAAUACGUAGAUAUUUUACAAUUUUUAAAUUAGGGAUGGACGGUAAGUGGAAGGUAAUUUUGGAAUGAAUAAUAAACGAUUGAUAGGAA